AUGAGACUCCUUCAUUUCAACGCGCUGGGAAAGCCCGUCUUAACAGAUUUCUACGGCAAGACAAUUCCGCCUUACGCCAUUCUGUCGCACAGAUGGACCGAUUCUGAAGUUUUGAUUAAGGACAUAAGAGACGGAACCUACGGCACGAAGGAACAAGGCAAUCGAAAGCUUGAAUUUUAUGCCCACAAAGCAGCGCAUGACGAUUUACACAAAUGGUUUACCAGGGGAUGGACACUCCAAGAACUAAUUGCACCAGUAUCAGUCGAGUUCUUCUCAGUUAAAGGACACCGCAUAGGCGAUAAAGCAUCACUUAGCCAGUUACUGCACGAUAUAACUAGCAUCCCGCUCUCGGCACUACAUAACGAUCCUUUGGAUAAAUUCAGUAUAUCUAAGCGAAGAAGAUGGGUCAACGGCCGCAAAACAAAGGAGGAGGAAGAUAUCGUGUACUGCCUGUUUAGGAUUCUUGGUGUCUCUAUGCCUACCGCGUAUGGCGAAGGAAAGGAGAGUGCAGUAAUUAGACUGCAGACUGAACUAGAAGAAGCUAGUGAUGUACCAUCGAUUAUUCCGUUCGCCCAAAACCCCCGAUUUGUCGGCCGAGAGGAACAGCUCGCUGAGCUAGAAGCAAAGCUCUUCACCAACGAACAAACUACCACUACUGCAAUAGCGAUUGUUGGACCUGGGGGAACGGGCAAGUCUCAGCUCGCACUUGAGAUUGCACACAGAAUGAAGCGAAACAGCAAGAACUGCUCAGUUUUCUGGAUAAACGCGACUGAUACAGAUAGUCUCUACCACUCAUGCGCAAGGGUUGCGCAGAAACUCAAUAUCACUGGGUGGGACGAUGCUCAGGUCGACAUGAAGAAACUUGCAAAACGCUGCGUGGAAGAUAUCAGUACACGGCAGUGUUUGCUGAUUUUCGACAACAUCGAAAAAACCGCUCUGCUAUCUAGCGAGUUGUCCACAACAGAAGCCGCAAACCCAGUGGCCGACUUUCUUCCACAGGGCAAGCUGUGCUCCAUUAUCUUUACUACCAAAGACAGCGACACAGCUCAAGCUCUCGCUCCACAAAACCUCAUAGAAAUGCGAGCAUUAACACCCGAUACCGCGUUGAGGAUGUUGCAGAUCCGCUUAGCAAGGCCACUCUCGACCACUGAACAAGAGGUAGCUCAAUGUUUGCUAAGAGAACUGUCAUAUCUCCCUCUAGCAAUCAUUCAAGCAAUAGCCUGUAUAAGUGCGAGCGGGAUGACAUUGCAGGAGUACCGACUACAACUAGACGGUUUCAAAGGUCCCGCUCUCGAAGAUAGUGAUGACUCUUCUAAGGGUGAGCUGCAGGAAUCUAACAGGAGAGAUCCUAUUGCUGCUACGCUAUAUCUUUCCGUCGGCCAACUUUUCCAUAGGCAUGAGCUAGCUGAACAAUAUCUAUGUGUCGCUGCAUGUUUAGACCGGAAAGAUAUUUCACUUGAUAUCCUAGAGGCAAAUCUAACACGAAAAAGAGAAGAUGCAAUCAGGAUACUAGACAAGUAUGCGCUCAUCAUCAGACGACCUGCUGAUUCUGCGCUGGAUCUUCAUCGACCAGUCUAUCAAGCUCUACGCAACCUGCUGCAAAGGGAAGAAAAGCUUGAAGAAGAUGUGCUACGACUCUACGUAUUGACGGAAGAUAUAGGGAGGCAGAAAAGCUACAAGUCCAAGUGGUAG